UGAUCGGCCUGUUGUUACCCAGGGGUCAAAAGUCAUUGAUGGCGCAGGGAAUUCUGGGAAUUGUAGGACAUUGCUCGCUUUGUUAGCUCGGCGCUUGACAAAAAAAACACUAGAUUUUUGUUAUUGUAGCUCGGUUUUGAUAUCUUAUGACAACACUUUUGACAAUAGUGUGUGUUUUUCGACAACAAGCGGCAUGUGUACCGUAUGUAAACUCCUUCCCAAAAUGCUUGGUGGCCGCUGGCUAUCUGGGGGUUUGCUUUUUAUAUUACCCGGCGUACACCGACAAUAGGAGACAAGUUUUCGCCUUUACCAACCCUCGCUUUAAUGUUACCGGGAUGCCCCGGUGUCAAUAUCUAGUCUAUCAACUGCUCGGUUAGCUUUUAGCACCGGGACUUCUGUAUUUGUCAUAAUCUGUGACAUAUUCACCUGUGUCGCGCUAUUUGGGUCGUAGCUAAUAUUUCAUUACUGUCGCAUCAAACAGAUUGUUGACAUUCCUCGCUUUUUAAAGCAUUGUGGAUAAGUUAUUCAUUCUACACAGCUGACCUUGGAUGUAUAGUAUUAGCUUAAUAUUAACCACCCAGCAUUUAUGCUAGCUUGCUUCGUCGGUUAACUUUUAUUAUUCUAAUUUUCACUUCUGUAAAAGAUGGGAGAUGAAGCCUACUCGGACAUUAGUGGCAAAACAAUAUCUCUGGACUGUCAAAAUCACUCUAGCUUUUGCAGGGAGUUCAUUGUCAGCUCCCCUAAAAUGUCCAUCGGUAAGGUGAUGGUGUACACCUGCUGUGUGUGGCUGGCUGCAUAUACUGUGUUCUUCUUCACUCAAAACACCGCCGUGCUGUCCAGUGCCAUCCUGGUCACCCUGGUUGGAAUGAUGCUCCACAUCCACUUUGUGAAGGUGGAUCAUGAGUCAGUGCUCAUCAUCGGCACUGUAGGCAUCCAGGUGUCCUCCAGCUACGCCUCUGGGCGAGAAACGAGCACUUUCAUCGAAAUGAGCCAAGUCAAGGACAUCGUCAUCAACGAAGCUAUUUACUUGCAUCAAAUCAUCUAUUACCUCUGCAUACUUCUGAAGGACCCUUCAGCUCCUGAUGGAGUGUCAUGUGUCGUUCCCUUGUUUCAGAGCUCAAAGCCAAGGCUGAACUGUUUGACUAAAGUUUACAAAAGCUGCCAGGAGAUUCUCUCCAAGUGCUGACAACAGUCAACGCCAGGUCAUGAUUUUAUACAUAAUUUUCUUUUUUUUAUAGAGGAUUUUCUCAUGUUUUUUUCCCCUUUUCCAAAGUGCAUGAAUACACUCACACAUGAUUAAACAUGCACGCACGCACACACCCACCCACACAAACACACACACAUAUAUAUAUAUAUAUGUACAUAUAUAUAUAUAUAUAUAUAUAUACACACACACACAGUACAGGCCAAAAGUUUGGACACACCUUCUUAUUCAAUGUGUUUUCUUUAUUUUCAUGUCUAUUUACAUUGUCACUAAAGGCAUCACAACUAUGAAUGAACACAUGCAGAGUUAUGUACUUAACAACAAAAGGUAAAAAAACUGAAAACAUGUUUUAUAUUCCAGUUUCUUCAAAAUAGCCACCCUUUGCUCAAGUUACUGCUUAUUAGAGGUGAAGUGAAAGGGUUGUCACUUCUCUGGUGUGCUUGAAGCUCAUCAAGAGAAUGCCAACACUCGUCAAAGCAGUAAUCAGAGCAAAUGAUGGCUAUUUUGAAGAAACUAGAAUAUAAAACAUGUUUUUAGUUAUUUUGCCUUUUUUUUGUUACGUAUAUAACUCCUUGGCGUUCAUGCUUGUUACUCACUGUCUUGUACAUGCAGGAAGUGCGAGCACACAUUACGCACAGGCAGAGUUAUGUCAUUAUGUGCUGAAAGCCAUAAGAGAGCAAACACUUUAGAAAUUUUACGCUCUCUAGACAUUUGCAUAAAAGUUCCAAACAGGUGCUUCAAGUACACCUGCAAGAGCUGUGUUAUAAUUUGGCCUUUGUAAUGAGAAUAAUCGUGUCAUGUAUUGUUAAGAUAUAAUUUAAUUGUGUAAUCGUUGCUUUAGACUGUAAAAAAAAAGUUAAACAUGAAACGUUUGCCUGUAUUGUCAUUUAUUGUUACAAUAUAAUUUAAUUGUUUAACAUGACAAGUUUGCCUAUUUCAAUUGCAAUAUACUAACAUUACAUAUGUAAUGCAAAACGAUAUUAAUUGCCUUUAUAUAUUGGUGUAAAUAUACUUGAUAUAUUGUUUUGUAUUUUCCAAAUGCUUUCCCCCGAUUGCAUAUUAAAAUGUGAAAGAGAAUGAA